AUGUCGUCCACGCAGAACAGCGCGCUGCCUGGUCGCGCGAGGAGUUUGAGGAAGCCGACUACGGUGGGUGAGCAUCACAACAAGGGGGGGGGAGGGAGCGAAAGUCAAUUACCGCUCAGGGGGGCAUCUUCAACGGGAACGGGAACGGUAUCUGAGCGUACACUUAGGCGGGCGGCGGGGGUUGCAAGGAGUAGUAGACCCUUGUCUGGAGUUUUUGGUGGUGGUGGUGAUGGUGGUGGUGGAAGGACGACGACGACGACGACGGGGACGGGGGCGGGGCAGGUUUCUUCUGCUUCUUCUUCUUCUUCUUCUACCAACCCAAACUCAUCGAGAUUGGGGAGGGCGCCGUCAACGAGGCAGGUUUCGGUUUCUUCUGCUUCGGCGGGGAAUGGGGAUAUACCCGGGACGACACGGCUUACGAGGGCGGCGUCGACACGGCAGUUUCCUGGUGCCUCCUCCGCCAAGUCUGCAGCUUCUCCAGAGGGGUUGGGUAUUGCGCCUCCUAGACGGACGGGGACGGGGACGGGGACGACUACUACCAUCGCGGCAGAGCAGCAGCCGCCAACACCUCUAUCCCGCCGCCAGACAGUCACCGAAUCAACCUCGCGCAGGCCGACAACAUCAGGCGGUCCAAUCCCACCACCAAAACGCACCCCCUCCACCACCACCACCGCCACCCACUCACGCGCAAAAUCAAGCGUGACCACCCUUUCGAGCAGUAAAACCCUCCGACCACCAUCAUCGACAUCCCAAACCUCCACUUCUACUACUUCCACCACGACAACGGACCGUUCCAAACCCCCCAUCACACGCGCCCCUCCUCCUCCUCCUCCUUCUCCUCCUCCUCCUCCUCACAAACGCGCCCCAUCUCACCCUUCCCUUUCCACCCAGCCAUCAACACCGGGAGUUGGCAGAACCAGAUCCCUCAAACUACCACAAGGUGCGCUGGCGGCAAAGACAAAACCAGAAUUCAACACGCACCAACAACACUUUUCCCCCUCAAAAAACCCCCAGCUGCCAAAACUGUCCGCCAGAGAAAUAUUAGCCCCCCCCUCGCCAAGCAAACUACCCGCCAACCUGGCCAUCUCAGCAGAGACAGCACGGCUACAAACCGAAUUACUUCAACUAUCCCUGCUGCAUCAGUCGGCCGAAGAGACAAAACUCCAAUGGGAGGGGUCGGCAUAUGAAAGGUUACGGGGCAGAUUCGGGGUGCUGGCUGGGCUAGAAAAGGAGGUGGUCAAGUUAGAGGGACGAAGGGGGGAGGAUGACAGGGCGAAAGAGUUGUUGGACUGGGGAGGGGGAAAGGGACUGGAGGGGAGGGUGAGGGUUUUGGAUGAGGUGCUGGGCAAGGUGUGGGGGCUGACGGAGAAUGGGGGGAGGUAUUCGAGGGUUGUGGCGAGGUUUGGGAAGUGGUUGGGGCAGGCGGAGGAGGUGAUGGUUGCAAGGGAGAAGGGGGAGUGGGGGUUGGUGGAGGGCAUUGGGCGGGAGUGGAAGGAGGAGAUUGGGAGUAUAAGCAGGAAGGUUCAUGCUGUUAGCCAGGAGUUAUAUGGGGUUUUGGACGGUCGUGAGGCUGGUGAGGCGGGGGGGUUGGGGAGGGUGCUGAAUGGGGUGAAAGAUCUGAUUGGGGGGAUGGUGGAAGAGAUUGAGAUUAUGGAGGUUGUGGAGAGGGAGGUAAGGGAGCAGGAGAUGGAGUGGGUUAGGAGGGUUAAUAGGGAGGGUGAUGAGGGGGUUGAGACGAGGAGGAGGGCGGGGGCGGUUUGGAGGGCUUUUUGA